UUGGAACUGGUGGUAUAUAGCCUCAAUGAGAUUUCCAUUUUUCGUUGUGCAGAAAAAUGGCGGCAAAUCAACCACAAAAACGAUUGAAAAGAGGACGUUCUUUUAGUCAAAUACACAGUCGCCUGAUGAAAUUUAAAAAUGAAAUUUUCAUUGCGAUGGAAAAUCUUAGGACGGAUCGGUGGAUAACCUUUUGCUUUGUAAAAAUCCUUCAUUGUAACGGUGCAUACGCAUGUAGCUUUUCAAAGGCUUGGUGCAAGACCCAGAGAAAUCUCGACGAUGUCGAUGAAAACAAACGGUUAAUCGUAUUGCUUCCUGAUUUAUUUGACUUUGAGAUUAUUACCAACUUUUUGGAAAAGGGUGGUGACAUUGAAAACAAAAUGACAGACAGCCAGCUAACCGCUUUCGACAGACUGAUCACAUUUUUUGAAAAUAUAGAUGAAACCUCUAAAAAAAUUGAGGAUGCAAGGGCUAAAGCCUUCAAAGGAAGCAGUUGGGCAGCAGUACUUGGUGUUCACGUUCUUAGACAGCUUGCAGUUUCAAAUGAGAUGAUGAUUGACUCUGGUUAUGCUGAUCAUACAUCGGAGUGUCCCUGUGGAUGUCGAACUCCACUUCGUGUUGGAGACAACAGCAUUGGUCACAAGGAUGUCUGGCAUGGGAGUCUGGAUAUCAUUUUGGGACCUGUUGCAGUAAUUGCGCAAUCCACAGAUGACUUGCAUGAAGAAAGCAGCACAGAGUUUGAAUGGAAAACUGGAGAAUUAGAAGAAUCCCGAAAUCAAAUAAUUGCAGAAAGUAUUGUGUUUUCUUUUUUUCAGAGAACUGGGUUGAUUCCAACAUUGGGAAUUUAUUCAAAUGAAUUCAAAGUAUUUAUGUAUGAUCCGCAUUAUGAUUUGUUAUAUGAGAGUUCAGAAUUGUCUUUGUUUGAUGGACGGGGUGAUUUGAAAAGCACAUCAGUUUUUGCCCUUUGGCUUGUUAUAAAUCAUGCACAAUUUUGUACUGGUGUAAAGAGUUGUCACGAAACACUUGGUUACAUAGCUGACUUUCAGUCACUAGUUCAAAAGCCUGCACUUUCAAUAUAUGAAACAGAAUUGCAAAGGGGCGGUUGUAAGCAUGAAAAGAGCUCUGUUUGGAAAUAUUCUGCUUUUGAUGUAACUGGAAAGUACAAAAUAAUUGAAUAAAGAAAGUAUAUUGGGUAUUUUUUAGCUCCAUCGAGCUUAUGCCAUGUCACUUUCUUCAUCAUGCAUUUAAAAAACCCAUCUUUCCUGAAACUAUUACCUGGACUCUUUAGAAACAUAUUUUUGUCGAGCCCACUUGCAGUGAGCUCGACAUAGUUCUUAAAAUUGGUUGUUCGGUCUAUGUGCAUCCGUCUCUCCAUCCAGAGCUUGUCCGGAGCGUAACUCUGUAAUUAAUUGUCAUAAACUUAAGUGCUUAUGUUGAGCUUAUGUGAUAGACCUGUGCCCGGUGGUGGUGGUCAACAUUAGAUGUUUUACAAAGUUAUAAGUCUUAUGCAUAUACACUUAUGCUCAUUAAGACUAUUUUUUACACAUUACAAUUAUGCCUAGAUUUGAUAUAUCUGUAACAACAGUUAAUUCAUAGUUUAUUUAAUUUUGAAAAAUUAGUGAUGUUAUUAUUUGUUGUUGAAGAUAACAUUUAUUGUAGCAUUGUGUGUAGUUUACUGUUUAUAAAUAAGAACAAGAUGAAUGUUUGCAUUGUAUUGCUUUUGUUGUGUUUUACACUUGAUUUAAAGUAUAACAAUUUAUAAUACAAACAAUGCGAACAAUGAUAACUGUUAAUUAAUUUUAUUUCAGUGUGUGUAUAUUAUUGAAUGCACACAUUCGAAUUGAAACGUAAUAUGCAAUUCAUGUUAUGUACAUUUAUUGUUAGGUAUAUGGUGAUUUUAAUGGUGAUUGCUCAGGUGAGCUUUUGUGAUCGGUUUUUGUCCGUCUGUCGUCCACAUUUGGUUUGUGAACACUCUAGAGGCCACAUUUUUUGUCCGAUUUUCAUGAAACUUGGUCAGAAGAUUUGUCCCAAUAAUACCUCGAUCGAGUUUGAAAGUGGGUCAUGCUGGGUCAAAAACUAGGUCAAAAAAAGAAAAAUUUGUAAACACUAUAGAAGUCACAUUUCAUGCCCAAUCUGCAUGUUACUUUGUCAAAAUGUUUGUCUUAAUGAUAUGUUGGUUGAGUUCAAAAGUGGUUACAGUCCGUUGAAAAACAUGGCCACCAGUGGGCUGGGCAGUUUAUCUUAUUUGGCUAUAGAGAAACCUUGUCAACACCCUAGAGGCCACAUUUCUUGUCUGAUCUUCAUGAAACUUGGUCAGAACAUUUGUCCCAAUGAUACCUGGAUCGAGUUCGAAACUGGGUCAUGCUGGGUCAAAAACUAGGUCACUAGGUCAAAAAAAGAAAAUCUCAUUAACACUGUAGAAGUCACAUUUUACGUCCAAUCUUCAUGCUACUUUGUCAAAAUAUUUGUCUUAGUGAUAUGUGGUUGAGUUUAAAAGAGGUUCCGGUCCAUUGAAAAACACGGCCGCCAGUUGGCGGGGCAGUUUUUCUUAUUUAGCUAUAGAGAAACCUUGUGAACACUCUAGAAGUCACAAGUUUUGCCCAAUUAUCAUGAAACGUGGUCAAAACAUUGGUUUUGUUGAAAUCUUGGACGAGUUUGAAAAUGGUCCAGAUCGGUGAAAAAACAUGGCCGCCAGUGGGCGGGGCAGUUUCCUGUAUAUGUAUAUAGUGAAAACAUAUGAACACUCAAGAAGUCACAUUUUUGGCCCAAUUUUCAUGAAAUUUGAUCAGAAGAUUUGUUUCCCAGAUACGAGAGUUGAGUUCGAAAAUGGUUCCGGUCCAUUAAAAAACAUGGCUGCCAGGCGGGGUUGGCGCAUUUUCCUUAUAUUUAUAUAGUAAAAAAAGGUUGUGAACACUCUAGAAGUCACAUGUUUUGCCCAAUCAUCAUGAAACUUGGUGAAAACUAUGGUUUUAUUUAUUUCUUAGACGAGUUCGAAAAAGGUCCGGAUUGGUCAAAUCAUCAUUUUGAAUGAUAAAUAAUCAUAUUAUAACGAACAAUCAACUUUUCUGAAUUUUUUUUUCACUAUUAAAUAUAUUUAUAUAACAAGGUAUCCAACUCAAAAUCACCCGAAAACAGGGUGCAUCGCUUUGAACAGCCAUGACUUCAUCAAUUGUGCAGCGGUUUUCACGAUCUCGAUCUUAUUCAAUGCAGAAAUUAAUUUUUGUUGUCAGAAAAGUUGAUUAUUCGUUAUUAUAUGAUUAUUUAUCAUUCAAAAUUGUGGUUUCACUAAUUAAUAUCAUAGCCACACGCUAACCACCUUUGGGGCCAUGUUGGCCCUCUUGUUUAAUGUACCUUUCUGUUCCGGAUUGCUGGUUGUUGUUUUUGCCAUCGCCCAAAUCAUCAUCUGUGUUGCAACAACUAAAAAAACCUAUAUAAUUUUUAUGAUCAAUAAAACUAUGUAAUAA